AUGACUGAACGGGCAUCAAGUACAAAAUUAAUUAUUGAUUAUCCAUGGACAAAAACCAAAGAAGAAAUUGCUGAUCUUUAUCAAGUUAACGAAGAUAUUGGUCUUCCUGAAGAACGUGUCAGAAAAGAUUUUGAAAAUUAUGGACCAAAUGAAUUACCAGCUGAAGAGAGUAAACCAUUAUGGAAACUUAUCUUAGAACAAUUCGAUGAUCUUCUAGUCAAAAUUUUACUUGCUGCUGCUUGUAUUUCAUUUGUCUUAGCUUUAUUUGAAGAACAUAAAGAAGAAGAUAGUCUUGUUGCAGCUUUUGUUGAACCACUUGUUAUUCUUCUUAUACUUAUUGCAAAUGCAGCUGUUGGUGUAUGGCAGGAACGUAAUGCUGAAAGUGCUAUUGAAGCUUUAAAAGAAUAUGAACCAGAAAUAGCUCAAGUUAUUCGACAAAAUCGAUCAGGACAUAUACAACGUAUUAAAGCUCGAGAUCUUGUACCAGGUGAUAUUGUUGAAGUAUCUGUUGGAGAUAAAGUUCCAGCUGAUAUUCGUAUAACAAAAAUUUAUUCAACAACACUUCGUGUUGAUCAAUCAUUAUUAACUGGUGAAAGUGUUUCUAUUAUUAAACAUACUGAUCCAAUACUUGAUCUACGUGCUGUCAAUCAAGAUAAAAAAAAUAUUCUCUUUUCUGGAACAAAUAUUGCAGCUGGUAAAUGUCGAGGUAUUGUUAUUGGAACUGGUUUGAAUACUGAAAUUGGAAAAAUUCGAUCGGUUAUGACUGAUACUGAAGAAGAAAGAACACCAUUACAACAAAAAUUAGAUGAAUUUGGCGAACAAUUAUCAAAAGUUAUUUCUGUUAUUUGUAUUGCUGUAUGGGCUAUUAAUAUUGGUCAUUUUAAUGAUCCUGUACAUGGUGGUUCAUGGAUACGUGGUGCUAUCUAUUAUUUUAAAAUUGCUGUUGCACUUGCUGUUGCUGCCAUACCGGAAGGUUUACCAGCUGUUAUAACAACUUGUCUUGCAUUAGGAACACGUCGAAUGGCUAAGAAAAAUGCUAUUGUACGUUCAUUACCAUCAGUUGAAACACUUGGUUGUACAUCAGUUAUUUGUUCGGAUAAAACAGGAACAUUAACAACAAAUCAAAUGUCAGUUUGUCGAAUAUUUAUAUUCAAUAAAGCUGAUGGUAAUGAUAUAGAAAUCGAUCAAUUUGAAGUAACUGGAUCAACAUAUGAACCAAAAGGUGAUAUACUAUUUAAUGGAAGAAAAUUUAAUUGUUCGGAUCGUAGUGGAUUAAUUGAAUUAGCUGAAUGUGCUGCUUUAUGUAAUGAUUCAGCAUUAGAUUAUAAUGAAUCAAAGAAAGUUUUCGAAAAAGUUGGUGAAGCAACCGAAACAGCAUUAACUGUACUUGUUGAAAAAAUGAAUGUUUUCAAUACAGAUAAAUCACGUUUAUCAUCACAUGAAAUGGCUAUGUCAUCAAAUACAAUUAUUCAUCAAAAAUAUUGUAAAGAAUUUACAUUAGAAUUUUCACGUGAUAGAAAAUCUAUGUCAACAUAUGUUGCUCCUGCUGGAAGAAGUACUAGUAAUAAUCAACAAUCAGCUAAAAUGUUUGUUAAAGGUGCUCCAGAAUCAGUUAUUGAACGAUGUACACAUAUUCGAGUUGGAACACAAAAAUUUCCUAUAACUUCACAAAUCAAACAAGAAAUUAUGAGAUUAGUUAAUCAAUAUGGAACAGGACGAGAUACAUUACGUUGUUUAGCAUUAGGAACUAUUGAUAGUCCAUUAAGAAAAGAAGAAAUGGAUUUAGAAGAUUCAAGUAAAUUUGUUAUUUAUGAAAAUAAUAUAACAUUUGUUGGUGUUGUUGGUAUGCUUGAUCCACCACGUGUAGAAGUUAUUGAUGCUAUUGAACGAUGUCGUGAUGCUGGUAUUCGUGUUAUUAUGAUUACAGGUGAUAAUAAGAAUACAGCUGAAGCUAUUUGUCAGCGUAUUGGUAUUUUUCAUGAUUUGGAAGAUAUACAAGGUAAAGCAUUUAGUGGUCGAGAAUUUGAUGAUCUUUCAAUGGAAGAACAAUCUGAAGCUUGUCGUUAUGCAAAAAUGUUUGCUCGUGUUGAACCAACACAUAAAUCAAAAAUUGUUGAAUAUUUACAAUCACAUGGUGAAAUAACAGCUAUGACAGGUGAUGGUGUUAAUGAUGCACCUGCAUUAAAAAAAGCUGAAAUUGGUAUUGCUAUGGGUUCUGGUACAGCUGUAGCUAAGACAGCAGCUGAUAUGGUUUUAGCUGAUGAUAAUUUUUCUUCAAUUGUUGCUGCUGUUGAAGAAGGUCGAGCUAUUUAUAAUAAUAUGAAACAAUUUAUUCGUUAUUUAAUUUCAUCAAAUAUUGGAGAGGUGGUUUGUAUUUUUUUAACGGCUGCUCUUGGUUUACCAGAAUCAUUGAUACCUGUUCAACUGCUUUGGGUUAAUUUAGUAACUGAUGGUUUACCAGCAACAGCACUUGGUUUUAAUCCACCUGAUUUAGAUAUUAUGGAACGUCCACCACGUAAUCCAAAAGAAUCAUUAAUAACACCAUGGCUUUUCUUUCGUUAUUUGGCUAUCGGAAGUUAUGUUGGUUUUGCUGUUGUAUGGAGUGCAACAUGGUGGUCAAUGCAUGCAUCUAAUGGUCCAAAACUUUCCUAUUGGCAUUUACAAAAUCAUUUCAAAUGUCGUGCUGGUGGUAAAGAAUGGGAAAAUAUAAAUUGUUCUGUAUUUGAUGAUCCACAUCCAAUGACAAUGGCUCUAUCAGUACUUGUUACUAUUGAAAUGUGUAAUGCACUUAACAGUUUAUCUGAAAAUCAAUCGCUUGUUAAAAUGCCACCAUGGAAGAAUAAAUAUCUUUUAUAUGCUAUUGCUUUAUCGAUGUCAUUACAUACGAUGAUUCUUUAUAUUCCUAUGUUUAAUACUGUAUUUCAAAUAUGUCCACUUUCAUUAGAAGAGUGGUUGGCUGUCAUUAAAAUUUCUCUACCAGUUAUAUUAUUAGAUGAAUUACUUAAAUUAAUUGCACGACGAUAUAUUGAUCGUGGUUUAAAAUCUAAUCAAACAUUACAUGGUAUGAUAUCAUCAUUUGGUACAUCGUUAUUUAAGAAUAAUUUACAAACUGUUGAUAAAAUUUAUGGUCAUGAAACGACUCAUAUUGAAUGA